CUGACGAGUGAACGAUGUUUCCCCUCUCGGGUUUAGUUUGGAGCCGUUAGGGGUAAAUUUCCUCUCGCUCGGUGGUGGCAGUUUAUAAGAAACAGCCUUCAACGUGUCUUUACCGACAGCCGUCGCCAUGUCUAACAACAAUGCCAACAACAACUUAAUUAUCGCCCAGAGAGCCGUGAAGCAGCUCCGGUUCGAGGCCAGUAUCCGGAGGAUCAAGGUGUCCCAGGCUGCCGCAGAUCUGAAAAACUUCUGUAUUCAAAACGCCUCCAAGGAUCCUCUGCUGAUGGGCGUCCCCUCCAGUGAUAAUCCCUUCAGACCCCCCAAGUCCUGCUCCCUGUUCUGAGCGGAAGGAGACGCGGAGGAUUUCUGGAUCUGUUCUUUGAAGGCUUUCUUCACUUCUAGUUGUUGCCGCUGUAGAUCUACCUGCAGCACCUCUUGGGAUGAUGCACACAGGGGUCGGGGGUUAUGGGUUUUG